AUGGCGGAAGAGUGGGAGGGUCCGGCAAUCGGCAUUGACCUGGGAACGACUUACUCCUGUGUCGGCGUGUGGCGAUCCAUCCGGGUGGAGAUCAUAGAAAAUGACAUGGGCAAGAAGAAAACCCCCUCCUGCGUCGCCUUCACGGAUGAAGGGCGUCUCAUCGGCGAAGCUGCCAAGAACCAGCCUGCUUCCAACUCCGAGAACACCAUUUUCAAUGCCAAGCGCUUGGUUGGCAGGUGCUUUAGUGACGACUCUGUGCAGAGCGACCUUAAGCUCUCGCCUUUCAAGGUGGUCGAUGGCUCGAACUAUAGGCUCAGGAUUGCCGCCAGGUACAGGGGCGAGCAGAAGCACUUUGCCCCUGAGGAGAUCUCAUCAAUGGUGCUCAUAAAGAUGCGCCAGGUAGCCGAGGACUACCUGGGCUCUACUGUCAAAAACGCUGUCAUCACCGUCCCCGCGUGCUUCACCAAGGUUCAGCGCCAGGCUACCAUUGACGCCGGCGUCAUCGCCGGACUGAACAACAUCCGGCUGAUUAAUGAGCCAGCUGCCGCUGCAUUGACCUACGCGUUCAACAGGAAGGUCGGGUGGGCAGGCAGGAAGAACGUACUCGUCUUCGGGCUUGGUGGUGGCGCCUUGAACGUCUCCCUGCUGGCCAUCGAGAAGGGAAACCUCAGGGUGAUGGCGACGGCAGGAGACACCCACCUUGGGGGCGAAGACUUCGACGACAGGAUGGUAGAGCAUUUCGUUCAAGAGUUCCAGGCCAGGCACGGACUUGACGUCCGUGAUAGUUCUAGGGCACUCAGGCGCCUAAGGACGUCGUGUGAGAAAGCCAAACGAGAAUUGUCACUGACGAAGGAGGCCACCAUCGACAUCGAAUGCCUGCACGAUGGAAUCGACUUCUGCUCCAUCAUCACUCGCGCCGACUUCCAAUCUCUGAACGACGACCACUUCUCCAUGUGCAUAGCAGUCGUUAACAAGUGCUUGGCCGACGCAUGCAUGGACAAGAGGUGCGUCGACGAUGUGCUUCUGGUUGGUGGCUCGACCAGGAUCCCCAGGGUGCAGCAGCUGUUGACAGAUCACUUCGGCAGGGACCUCUGCAAGGCCGUCAACGCCGAUCAGGCUGUCGCCUACGGUGCCGCCCUCCAAGCAGCCAUUUUAACCAGAAAGGACGACAAGGAGGUCCCUCCCCUGCUUCUCCAGGACGUGACUCCUUUGCCACUUAUUUUCACCAUGAACGGAAACCAGCCCCAGUUCAUGGUCUUGAUGAACGCCCCAAUCCCCUUCAAGGUGGGGCCAAAAUUCCGCGGCCUAUACAAAGAAGAAACACUUGCUGUUGGAGUCUGUGAGGGCCACGCCAUUAUUGGUGGACUCACCAUCCAAACUGAUUUCAACCUUCAAGCGGAGUGUAGCCCGUCGGGGCAUCAAUGUCUUUGCUUGAAAGACUCAGAUUUUGAAGGCGCGCGGUGUCUGAAUUUCAACUUAUGCAUAGACAUUGACGUCAAUGGUAUCUUGAGUGUUUGGCUGCAGGACUACAAUGCAGAGCGUAAGAUCACAAUCCCCAUUCAGGGACUAACCCGAGAGGAGCUGGAGAAGAUGAAGCUGGAAGCUGAGAAGUAUAAUCUUCAUGAAAAGGAGAACAGGGAGAAGAUGAAGGCGAAGAACUCCUUGGAGAAGUACGUCUACAAAGUGAAAAAUGCCAUUGAUGAUAAGAAGUUCGAGGGCACUUUGUUAAAAAAGAUUGAGGGCGCAACCGAGCAGGCAUUUCGGCUGUUGGCCACAGAUCAUCCUGCUGAGGUAAAUGAGUAUAACGAAAUGGAAAAAGAGCUUCGGUGCUUGUGGAAGAUUCAUGAGGAAGCACAGGAGGUGGAGAGAAGUUACUCUUCCUCUGAUCCUGAUUGCAAAACUAAUUUUAGAACUGGUGCCACGAGGGAGACGAACUUCGGUGGUUCCAAAGAGGUUUUCGGCCACAAGAUUUCACCAACAACUACGAAACAGGCGAAGGUGGGUUCUAUUAAACAAAUGAUGUCCAAGACUGCCGAGAAAAUGGCUAUUAGAAGUUGCCCGUGCAGUAGCUCUUCCGUCGUCGAAGGUGUCAUUUCUAAAGUUCAGGUCGAUACUUGCCUCGAGGUUCAUGCUUCUCCAAGCAGCGGAGAUGGUCCCAAAGCUGCCGUUUCUGACGCUAGUAAUGGUAGCGAUCGAGCCGAACACGCCGGCCUUUCUCCUGAUGCUGGUUCUCCCCCUAAUAAGGAAGUUAAAAUUGACGAUUCGGUUGGUGGUGAUGCUGGUUUUGCCCGUCCUAAUGGUGGUGGCUCCAAUCCAGGAGAAGUAGAGCAGACUUCCGCCAGCUCAGGCCAAUGA